CCUCCAUCAUUGAUGGGUCAACGUGUGUGGAACGUGUCGGUUUGUGAGACAUCACUUCCUUCAAGAUCACCAUCAGUGACGCAGAGUGUCGAACCCAAAACCAAUGAUGCCCGUCCAACAUCCACUGGUACAUCAGGUUGUUCUUUUCUAGUUUCUACUUGAUCAUGUAAAUCCUUCAACUUCAUCAAGAUAAUUUGUGCUUACUAUCUCUGUUGUCACCUCCAGAAAAAACAUUAACAAGGACUCUGUCAAGUACAACACCUGACAUUAACACAUCAGUCCACUCAACACCCGCUGAUCCCCCCACAACGAUCUCCUCACACCCUCUUACACAUGGUAGUUUCUUCCGUCUCCAGUUUUUUGUUUGAUAUUUGAAAUUAUUUGCCGCUAGAAUCUAACAUUUGCUAAGUAUCUUUGUUCUCUUUAGGAACAUUUCCAGCACAAACAACAUCAGAGACAAAACCCUCUAACCCACCAGGACCCACAGAUAUCCCCCCAAAAGUCACAACACUGACCGAAACUUGCACAACAUCACGACCACCACCAGUUGCUAACAUUGUCUGCACAUCUGCGGUUGUGAUAGCGGUCCUGUCUUCCCUGCUGGUUGUGGUUUGUUUCCUGGUGGUGCUCCAUCGAAGAAAAUGCAGGAAAAAAACAGUGAUGCCUGGGAAAGAAAGCGGGAACGAGGGGAGAGAAAACGGCAGCAGAUUGAGUCAGUCGGUGGAUCAUGCUGAGAAAAGAGGAAACGCUGAAAACAAUCAAUUUGACACAGAGGCAGGAUGUAAGAGAUCCUUUACUGGAGUCAGAGCUAAGUCUGCUAAUGCUGUUCUCUUUACGUCUCCUUUGUGUGGACCUGUGAAAGAUCAGGUGACUUUACACUCCGAGACAAAAACUCAGGCCAAAGGCACAGAGCAUCGCGGGGAUGAAGCUGACAUCGAAGAGGGGGUUAGGAUGGAAGAUUCAACAAACACCACUGAAGAAAAUGCAGAGCAGGCUAUAAAUAUUACAACUCUAGAUGAAAACCCUCCAUGUGUUUCUGUCAACACUGAACCUGUACCUUAUCUGAGCAUGGGUACAAACCAGAAUGGAAACAAUCCUGCAGAUUUGAAUAAACAGUCCACUGAUAAUCAAAAUAAAAGCUCAAAGAUGAGAAAAGUUUUGGGAAGGAUUUCCACCUGGCCUCCAACUGCAGUUCAGUGGCAAGCUAGAUGUAAACUGAUAAAGGAGGAGACAGAAGGGUCUGAUGUCCUCACUGUUUGGACUCCAAAGCUUCCAGGUGAGAUUAAGACCAAAUUAAAUGAUGAAGAACAUUCCUCUUAUUCUAAACAGGACAAAGGGGAAGAUGUAAUUGAUGAAUAUCAGACAGAUGAGCCCUUAAAAAUGAAUCUAACUCACAUAACUUUGGGGAAUUCUCAGUCCCCAAAACCAAAUGAAAACAGCACUACUUUCACAAACCCAGAGGAGGAUCAAAAAAAGGCUGAGGGGAUCCAGGAUUUAAACCCAUCCAGGAAACCCAAUCAGGACAAACGUGGUCAGAAUCAGAACCGGACACCUGCAGAGGAGAACGCAAAAAUGAGCAGAAGCAGCAACAAGGUAGAUCAGAGAAACGAUCCAAAGCGAGCUGCGGCGAGCAGACAGAUGGCUCCCUCUGGUGGUGCCUCUCCAGAUGAUGACACGCUGCUGUCUGGAAACGAGUACGCCUUCAUGGACCUCCUGCACGAAGUGGUGCAGAACAACGGCCGCCGGACCAGAGAGAGGUGGAGGCAGACACACGUCAACAAGCAGAGCAUUAAAACACAAGUACGGAAUGAAUUUAAGUAGAGGAGGUUUAAAGCUAUGUACACAUGUUUAAUCGUUUCAUUCUGUCACUCUUUAAGUUACUUUAGAUCAUUUGUAUUCUACCUGUUACACUUAAAAUGAUCUAAAAGAAAGUUAUCCCUUAAAUGAAUUGGCAUUUUAGGAGAUACAUUUAAACUUAAAGUUUAUUCCUUAAUCCUUGCUUGUCCAGAGUUAAACAAAGUAGAUUACCACUGCUCUCAUAUGUUUCCUUUAAGGAACACACCGUGAGUGUUUCUCCUGUGAUAGUCACAGGAGAAAAUGGAAAUGGUCCAAACAGUUUGAACAGAGGCUAAGAUAUCCUGUCUUUUAGUAACUUCUUUGGGGAAGAAAGCUCCAAAAACUUUGGUUCCUAAAUUUUCCAAGAGACACCAUGAUUUCCUGUAGUAGAUUCACUUCCUGCCUCUCAGAGCUGCAUUCAUCAGGUCUGUGUGCUGAGCUGUUUCUUGACAUUGCAACACAAAUACAAGAUGCAGUUAUUUAGUUGAGGCAAAGCAGAUAUGCUUUAUUAUUCCCUCAGUAUAUUUCUGGCUUCAUUAAGCUGAUAACCUGAGAAGAAACAUGGCAGACAUUAGACGAUGGGAGCAUUAAGGGUUCUUGUAAAUCACAGAAGAUAAAUCAUUUAAUCUAACAGUGUUAGUCUUAACAGACGAAACCUUUCAUGCAGCAUUACUGAGAUGAUGUUGUCGCUACAUGGGUUCUGUUUUUAUAGUAGAUGAUUUUGAAAGCGUAUUAUAUGACAGUGGCAACAAUAAUUCACAAAGCCCUAAGCGGACAUGCAUCCACACAUUCAAUUUACUCAGUUUCCCCUUGAAAACAAGUCGUAUCUGGUUAUUUAUCAGAGAUCUUGUUUUUCUCUUAUACCCAGAGGUACAAAAGCACCAAAAAAAAAACAGAGAAGUUGUCUUAUUUUUUUUUCCUAGAUCACCAGAAAUGAAUCUGUUCGCAAGAGGAAAAAGAUUUAUGAGAUAAAUUAAUCAGUUCCAAUGCAAAGACUAGAUGUUAUAUUUCAACAGAAGAAAAGUAGAGAUCUCAAAAAAGCAACCGAAAAUAACUCUUUAUUAUGGGAAGGGGAUCAAACGUAUGGAUGCAUGUCUGCAUGAGGCUUUCUUUAAAGUUUAUUUUUUGUUGCCUCUUUAUUUUCUGUUUCUUUUGUUAAACUGUCUCUUUACAUUUUUCUGUUUUUUUCUUCGCUUCCGUUGAGCGAAAAAGUGCAAGUACCUACUGUACUGUUAUCGAGCGAUAAAAUCAAUACUUAGC